AUGUCGACUAUUUUCGAGCUAAAAUCGUUCGAAUUGUUAGAAAUUGCUGAAAAAUUAGAAGCUGAAAUUGAUACUUCUAAAAAAUUCGAUGAUGAAUAUAUCAAAUCGAAGGUUAGUUGGAUAAAUAUUCUUGAAGACAACUGGAAUUGAAUUGAAAAAAAAAAUAAAUUCAGAUAACAGAAUGGUUACUUUUAAAUGGUUGUACAACUCUUCACGAAUUUGAAAAACUUGAAAAAAAUUGGAAAUUACCUGAAGAAAAAUGCGAGAAUUGUGAAUGUUUGAGAAAUCGACGAAAAUGUAAGUUUUUCAAACAAUAAAUGAAUAAAAUUAAAAAAUUCAUUUUCAGAUAUUCCUCCGCAAUUCGAUUUUGAGAUCGAUCAAUUUUCCCAAGAAAACAUUGAGAAAAAGAAAAAAAGGAAAUUUUUGAGCUUCAAAUAUUAUGAGACAGCAACCGAUUGUUUCUCGUCUUUUUCGAAAAUUUGUAUAGACUAUUUUAUUUGUUGUAAAAAAUGAUUUUGAAUAAAACUGUUUUCACGGGUAAUUUUUGAAUUUCUAUGACAAGUUAUUUCGAUUUUUCUUUGGAUACAAAAUGGGAAAAAAUUCCUUUUGACAUUUCAUUAAUUGAAAUUUUGUGUUCAAAAAUAUUUCGAAUAUAUUUUUUCCAUCUGAAUCACCGUUGAAUAAUAGGACAUUAUUCAUGUUUUAUAAUAAUGACUUAGCUUAAAUCAUAUAAAUAGAAUCAAACAUGGUUAGAAAACUGAAAAAUGAACAACUUCUUGGUUCUGUCCUGUAUUUUCGUUUGUUUUUCUUCUACGAAAGUUCAUGCAGGGGAUAUACAAAAAGAAACAUUAAAAUGCGGUGAAGUAAGUAGUUACCGAGAAAUACUGUCAGAAUACACAUCAAAUUUCUAGAACAAAGUCGAAACAAUGUAUCCCGACAAAUUGUUCGGAUUCGAGAACUCAACUGAGAGUGGCUCAAUUGAGUGGAUUGGAAUGAUCUACGAUAAAACAGCGAAUAUACUUUUCCGGCUAAAUCGUGCAUUCGGAGAGCAGACAGAGAAAGAGACAGAUUCAAUUCUUGAACAAAACAACUCACUUUCUUUCGAGUUCCAUGAAACCAGAAUGUUGUUUUAUUCGAGAAACUUUGAAGUAGGUUUCUAGGUUAAUAGUAGAGCAGGAUUCCACAUAUGAAUAUGAGUUUCUCCAAGAAAUAGGUCUCGAAUAGAUUCAAAUCUAAUCUUUAAUUGCUUUAAUGAAGACAUUGAGAGCAUUUUCUAACCCCUUGAAAACCCCCAUAACAUUUAGGGUCGAUAUGCAGGAGCCGUACUACUAGAACAGAAUAUCUUGACACAACACAAUUAUAAAACUUCUAUUAAAAUUCUUAUCCACAAAGACAGAUAUGAUAUUUUUGUUAACGGCGAAAAACAAUUGACUUAUACAAGAACUGACGACAAGGGAUAUAAAAUUGGAUCAGCUGUUCAGACCGGUCCAUUCCAUCCCAUCCGAGUUAUACUGUUAGUUCUGAUAUGUCCUUAUCCCUAAAUUUUUCAAAUUUUCUAGGAACUGUGACUACUUAGCCGAACAAGCAUAA